AUGAGAUCACCACAGCUUCAGGCGGCGGCGACUGGAAAUGAUACGCCACCAAUGCCGGGAACUCGAUUCCAGUCCACCGUUUCUGUACACAAGCUUCGCCGUUUCAAUAUUCUGAUUCUUGUCUUCCGAUUCGCCGCCUUCUGCUUCUCUCUUGCCGCCGCGAUUUUCAUGUUGACUAACUCCAAGGGCUCGGAUUUACCUGGCUGGCUAGAUUUUGAAGCGUACAGAUUUGUAGCUGUCGCAAAUUCAAUUGUGGCAUUGUAUUCGCUAUUGGAAAUUGGAGCUUCAAUUUGGGAAAUUUUGAGAGCUUCCACUAUUUUACCCGAAAUCGUACAGGUUUGGUUUGAUUUCGGCCACGACCAGGUAUUUGCAUAUGUAUUGCUAUCAGCCAACUCGGCAGGGGCGACAUUGGCUCGAACUUUAAAGGAAACGGACACUUGUACGGUCAGCAAAACAUUUUGCAUUCAAUCGGACAUUUCCAUAGCCUUAGGAUUCGCCGGCUUCCUCUUCAUAGGGAUCUCUUCAUUGUUGUCUGGUUUUCGGGUAGCCAAUUUCAUUGUCAACUAUUCUGGUUUUUAUUUGUAA